AGUUCAUUUGCGUAUGGUUACUAGCAGAGAAUUUCCUCUGUCGAUAAAAAAUGGUUCGGUCCUUAUCACUACUAAUAGAUGAGAGUGGAAUAGUGAUCCAUUUUGAAAAAAAGUUACAUCAGAUUCAAUCAGCCGAUUCAUUGUAUUUUUAUUUCCAAUUAAAACAUUAAAAAAUCGUUUGUAGUGCAAUUAGUGAUUAAUAUACCCUCCCGAUUGUAAACUCCGUUUAAAUCCUACAAAAGUCAAGUUCACUUUCUUGCAAAGUAACUUCAAUUUAGAUUGAUAUCAUGAAUGGAUCAAUGUUAGACCACUCCUCAGCAAUGCAUCAAUGAUCCCGCACCAAAGGAACUCGAACCGGGGAACUUCGGUCUCGUGAGCGGACGCUUAAUCUUUAGACCACUGAGCCGGCAUCCAACGGUGUUAAUGUCUAAGUUCAACCAAUCCACGAUAUUGCGCGACCGUCCACUAUUGUCUUCAGUGAGUAACGGUCUCACAACAGACACGGUUGAACUCCGCUGGUCACGGCUUCUCACUAGAACUCCAGAAAAUCCAUCUUGAAGCCAGUCACUAGCGAGCACAUGGUAAGUUCAAUUUAUUAUGUAACAAUUUGAACUCAGUAAACUGAGUUUGUGGAAUGUAGUUUGUUAUAGUCAAGCUUUUCUUUCCUUUUUAUUAACGUCCACAUUUGUGUUUUUCCUGUUUUCGUAUAGACGGGGACUUAUUAUGGGUCUUUGGAAUUCUCAUACAAGUUUAGGAAAUAUCAUAGGUUCCGUCAUUGCUGGAAUCUAUGUUGAAACAAACUGGGGGGCUUCUUUUUAUCUCCCCGGUCUUAUCAUGAUGGUUGGGGCGUUGGUUGUCUACCUGACAGUUAUAGAGCAUCCUAACAUGGUCUAUAACUCGGCUAGUUCCGAAAAAACAGGUACUCAAAUUCCAAUGUCAGGAAGCAUAUAUGGGGUAAUUAUCUAUUCGUUCAUAGAUUUUUACAGCUUAUUGUGAAGUAACUUGCGAAAGUUAAUUCGUUUUAGAAAUAAACACUGGCAUCAGUAGGAAUAAAAUGUUAUACAGACAAAAGCUUUGAUUGUAUGUAUAUAUUAACAAGUAGUCUUCAAAAUGCAUCGUUCAUUAUUACAUUCACUACGUGAACUUGAGAUCCGUGUUGACUUCCGAAUACUGUUAUGAAUGUCCGUUAUUCCUUAUUUUUUCCAAUCGCGCUGUUCGAAUGCAACCGUAAGCUUUUACUAAACGUAAUUUGAUAAAUAAUCCUUGUAGAAACAAAGUAUAAACCAUCCUAUAUGAAUUGACUAUUUAUCACAGCUUAAAUGAGUCGUAUACACAAUUGCCAACUCAUCAUAAAGCCGACUAUUCAAAGACCCAUUUAUGUCAUAUAUGCCAACCGUUUAUUUCGGUCCAUUGAUUUUAUUGAUAAUACCAGUAUGAUGUCUGUUAGUUACUUGUCAUCAGUCAGUAGUUUUAAUUACUGUCUGUUUCUUGGAGGAUAUAAGUAAUAUAGUCUAGUUAGUACAUGCUUCACUCUCCACUUUAUAAGCUUUUGUAGUUUCUUUAUCAAUUAAUAUAAUCAUUCUUAAAAGUAGAAAUUCUUUGAUGUGGUGGUUUUGGGGUUCACAACAAAAUACUUUAUUUGAACAUGGCUAACGAGUAGCAACAUUUUAUGUGGCAUGUAAAAAACCAAUUCCACCUCUGUGGGUUAUUUUCCAUGUGCUGUACUCAUGAAGCACUCUUCCACUUAGAGCAUCGAUUACUUUUACGAUUUUCCAUACCGAUUGCAAGUCUAAAUUAACUCUGAGUUCAUAAGAUUGGAUCAAUUUAUGUUUUCUUUUGUAGCUCCGUUUGCUCCAGCUUCUUCGUGUUGAAUUAUAUAUGAUCAUAAUAAAGAAUCUUUAUCUAUUUUUUUCAUUACUUUAGCUGAAUAGAGACAGUGGAAGUUACUGUGAUAUAAUUAACGUUCAUUUACGGAUAACUCAUUUACAUACAGCAGAUUUACUCCGUCGAUUUUGAACUGCACGGUUUGUAUAGUGGACAGUGUUACCACCCGGACUCCUACUAUCCCAACCAAGUUUCAUGAAUGGUAUUACUAUUGCUUAAUCUAGGGAUUCUGAAAAAUUACAUGAAAGGCAUUACAACAUUAAGUUUAUCAGUCGAUAAAACAAAAAAAUUGUAGGUAGUAUUUCUACUAAUCUUACAUAAUACAGACCAUUACAUUACCCUGUUGUUAUGAUACAAAAGAGAGAUUUGUUAAUUACUUCACAAUGAUAGUAACUGUCCAAAUAGUUCACGUGACUUCAAUUUAACUCGUGAGCGGAAAUUAUUUCGAUCACAUGUAUGUAAGACAAUAACUUGUAGAGUCUGUUACUAUGCCAAGCCUACAGGGGUUAUUCUAGCUUCCGGACAGACCAGUUUAUUCAUUAUUUUGGAGUCACAUUUUGACUGUCAAUUACUUACUAACCUUGACUGUUCUUAUAUGAGCGUUUGUUGAUUGCUUACCUCUAAUAUCUACGUGUCUGUAGCUUACUUUUGUCUGACUUGAAAUAUCGAGUCACGCUUCAACAAACCGAGUUGGUUCUUUCGUCUUCUCUGCUUCGCUUUUCAUUCUGAAUGUCUAUUCUAAUCAACAAGUGUACGAAAUACACGUAUUCAAAAUUCAUCCUCAUACCUUACUUAUUCUGUUAUUCUCUAACGUGAAUUAAGUCGAUAAUUAUGUAGGAGGAUAGCGGGGAUGUAUAUUUCGAUAACAUACGAUCUUUUCGGAGUCAGAAUAAAAGGCUUCAAAAAGUUUAUUGAACUCUGCCUUCAAAUUGAUUUAUGUCAUACAUCAGUUCAGUUGGAUGAAUAAGAAAACUUAUAAAUGAAUCAGGACUGAAAUAAAGUAAAUUUUUAAUCGUUACAUGAGAGUGACUCUGUUGUUUUUGGACUUAUAAAUAAGCUUCUUGAUUCAAACCGAUUGGAUUGGAACUCCAGUUACUUAACCUUAUCACUAAAACCAAACCAAACCAACUACAUUUAUGAAUACAAAUUAUGUUUGUAAAUUUGAACGUCACUUGGAUUUAUGAAGUAAUAGCUAACCAUUUUUGUGCGCUACUUUGUAUCUACCUAAUAGUGUUAUUGUUGUCCUAUUUCUCUACAGGGAAACAUCGACCGCGAAAGGUCAGACAAAGAUGGUUUGAGGCCUUUAAUAUCGGAUAUCGAGGCCACUCGACCAAUUAAUUUCAUUGAAGCUCUUCUAUUACCAAGUGUGUUUACCUACUCACUCUUAUUAUUCUUUACGAAACUUGUCUCAUAUACAUUUCUUUAUUGGUUACCAAACUACUUAACCAUUGUUGAACAUGUGUCAGCUGAACAGGCUGCUAAACUUUCUGUGUUGUUCGAUGUUGGUGGCAUAAUCGGUGGUGUAUUGAUAGGAUGGUUUAGUGAUAGUCAGUCAAAUGGACAAAAUCUCAACGAAGAUGAAAAAACAAUAAAAAAACGUGCACUUGCUUGUCUUGUUAUGCUAGCUUGUGCGGCACCUUUGCUAUUAGCUUAUCGUUCUAUGACUUCUGCGAACUCGCCGAUGUCGUUAAUUUUACUUACAUGUUGCGGUUCUGCAAUCAACGGACCUUAUGCAUUAGUUACAACUGCUGUAUCUGCCGACUUAGGUACUCAGUCGGCCUUGCUAGGACGAACUCGUGCUUUGGCUACAAUUACAUCUAUUAUUGAUGGAAUGGGAUCAUUGGGUGCUGCGUUAGGUCCACUUCUGACUGGUUUACUAGUUCCAUAUGGUUGGUCUGUCGUAUUUGCUAUGCUUAUCACAUCCGAUCUACUGGCCAUGUUAAUGUCAAUAUGGAUUGUCGUUAAUUCAAGUCGUCGUCAACACCGUCGAACAUAUUAUCGACUUCAAUCAACAAUUCCUAUUUAAUUGGAAUUCGUUUUUACUUACAGCGAGAAAAAAUAACAGCACAAGUCAUAUCAGUUUCGAAAUAGCUGUGAAUAUAUUUUGUCUUUUUCUUUCAGUAUGUCAUAUUGCACCAUAUAUUAUUACUUCAACUGUACGUAUAUAGAUACAUAUAUUCUUAUGUGGUAGUUUUUUUUUUACAGCCUGUUAGGUUUUUCUUAGAAUUCUUUUUGUCACUGAAACGAAUGUAACCAACAUAUCAUUUAUCGAUAUUAUUGUUUAUCAUUACUAUUAUUGUCUUUUAUGAAUUCAGGGCUUUUUCAGGAUUCCAUGUACAUUCUAGACUUUUCUGCCUUGUUUUUCGGUGUUUCUUCCGCCUAUUAAUUCUAGAUAAUACAUGCAUAUAUUUACUUACUGAUGUCUUACAUACUUAGGUGUUUGUUUAUCAUACUCAUUUUGAAAGUGUUAUUAUCUGUAUGAGAGAAAAAAACUGAGCAAACUAUAAUAAA